AAUCUCGGCCUACUUGACCUCCCGUCCCACGGUACUUCAUCUUGUCCGCGGACCCGCACCACCCUCAUGCCUACCUGCCAACGACGCAUGCCAAGGAACAGCGAACUGCAGGUCCAUGCGCGAAUCUCUAUGCAUCUAGCACGCCCACACGCAUGUCUCUAUACCCAUGCGCCAGUCGCUAUACCCACGCGCACGUUCCCUCCUUAUCUCAAUGCGGCACAAUGCGCAUCGGGGGUUAUAAGUAACCAAGCAGCGAGGACUGUUCUCUAGCGUCGUCCUCGCCCCUCGCCCACCCACCGGUCUUCGGCUCAGCCCACUCUUCGGCUGGCCCACCGUAGCGCUUCCCCUUCCCGUCGCACGUCGCUCGGCACUUACAUCACCACAAUGCGUUUCGCCUUCGUCUCCGUCGCGCUCUUCGCCGCGUCCGCCAGCGCCCUCGUCACGCCUCUCACGCCUCGCGCCUGGCCCUCUGGCACCGUGACUUGCGGUAGCGCGUCCUACUCGCUGAGCGCAGUCAAGGCGGCCGUCUCGCAGGGCGUGAGCCACCUGAGCAACCCGAUCGGGUCGAACAGCUACCCGCAUACCUUCAACAACCGCGAGGGCCUCAGCAUGUGGUGCACGGGCGAGACGGACUACAACGAGUUCCCGAUCCUCUCUUCGGGAAGCCUCUACACUGGCGGCUCGCCUGGCGCGGACCGCGUCGUGUUCUCGGAUAAUGGGGUGUACUGCGCCGUGAUCACGCACACCGGCGCAUCGGGCAACAACUUCGUCUCUUGCCAGGGCGAUUAGGGGAUUGAAUAAUGAUUUUGGAUGUAUACAGGCUGUAUACUAGGUCUAUGGGCUCCUGAUUGUGAAAUGUACUGUUUGAACUGGA